AUGCUGUUCAAAGAUCUCGGUGUAUCGAAAUGGCUUUUGGAGGCACUUGCCGCCAUGAAAAUCCGCCUGCCCACCUCCAUUCAGGCCGAGUGUAUACCCCAGAUUUUGGCGGGCCGUGACUGCAUUGGUGGGGCCAAAACUGGGUCCGGAAAAACCAUCGCUUUUGCAGCUCCAAUGAUGACUAAAUGGUCAGAAGAUCCUUUUGGUAUUUACGGCUUGGUCCUCACGCCAACACGAGAGUUGGCGCUCCAGAUAGCAGAGCAGUUUUUGGCGCUCGGAGCUUCGAUGAACAUAAAAGUUGCCGUGGUGGUUGGAGGAGAAGAUAUGGUGAAACAAGCAUUGGAAAUCCAAAAAAGUCCCCAUUUCAUUAUAGCCACUCCUGGAAGGCUCGCCGACCAUAUACUAAACAGUGGAGAUGAUACGGUUGGAGGCUUGAAGCGUAUAAAGUUUCUUGUGUUGGACGAAGCCGAUCGGCUAUUGAGCAAUAGUUUUGGGAGCGAUUUGGAAAGAUGCUUUAAAAUUCUUCCCGAUGCUUCUAAACGACAAACCCUCUUGUUCACGGCUACCGUAACAGAUGCGGUUCGUGCUUUGAAAGAUAAACCUGUUCCUGAAGGAAAAAAACCGGUAUUUAUACAUGAGAUUGUGUCGAAAGACCAAGUAGCCAUUCCGGCCACUUUGACCAUAUCCUACGUUUUCGUUCCAUCCUACGUCAAAGAGGCAUACCUCCACAACAUAUUGGUGCUGCCCAAGUACGAAAAAGCUCUGGCAAUUGUGUUUGUCAACAGAACUUAUACCGCUGAAAUCCUUCGAAGGACGUUGCGAAAACUUGAUAUUCGAGUGGCCUCACUUCACUCGGAAAUGCCCCAGAGCGAGAGAACAAACUCCUUACACAGGUUCCGUGCCGGGGCUGCUCGGGUAUUGAUAGCUACAGAUGUUGCGUCGAGAGGUCUUGAUAUUCCAAAUGUCGAAUUGGUGGUCAACCAAGAUAUUCCAGCAGAUCCUGACGACUAUAUCCACCGGGUAGGAAGAACUGCGAGAGCAGGCAAGAAGGGAGGCUCGGUUUCCAUCGUUUCGGAGAAGGACGUUGAGAGAAUCUUGGCGAUAGAAAAUCAUAUUAACAAAAAAAUGGAUUUGUUGGAGGAGGUUAACGACGACAAAAUAAUCAAGGAAUCGUUGAGCAUAGUGACUGCGGCAAAGAGAGAGUCCGUAGCAGAUAUGGAGAAGGAGGGCUUUGGGGAGAAGAGAAAGAUCAAUAAGAGAAAGCGGGAAGAAAGGACAAGGGAUAGUAAGAAGAGAAAGUAG